AUGAUUUCUAUCCCGCCCGAACCCCUGAGUUCUCCGAGAGCAGAUGGGUUCCUAGUGGAUAUUUCCAUACCGAGAUCACACAGUGGACCUUCUCCACUCUCCGUCAGACUGCUGUCAGCUUUUAAACGCCAACACAUGGUGGGUGAGGCAGGUGGCAAGGAGAGUUUGGUACCUCCGUCCAAGGGGCUGAUAUUCCAUUGCCAUGGCGGAGGUUUCGUGGCCCAGAGCUCCCGAUCACACGAGGCCUAUCUCCGCCAAUGGGCUCAGGGCCUCCCUGCCCCCAUUCUGUCCGUUGACUACAGUCUCGCUCCUGAGGCUCCAUUCCCACGAGCCUUGGAGGAAGCCUUGUAUGCAUACUGCUGGGCUCUCAACAAUACUACCUUACUGGGUACUACAGCAGAGCGUAUCGUAUUUGCUGGUCAGUAAUAUAUAUAGUCUGUGUAGAGAAGUCAUGAAAUAGGACUCUUGGAUUUUUCCAUUAUGAACAAACCAAAAUUGUAACACCACAUUUUAAGUUUAGUUAAGUUAUGACUUUUUGCUUCUAAAAUAUGUUCAUGAGCUACAAUCAGGGUGCUAUCAUCGACGUACAUAUACAAUUUAUAAUUAAUUGAACUAGUUAUCUCAUUUACAUACACGGUCUGUUCAAUAAAUAUUGGGACUGGUUUGAUGUAUCCUCAACAGAGCGGUGGAGGGGUA